AUGGCUGAAGAACAUGAUUCAUAUUCCAAUGGGAACAAAAGCAAAACUCCAAUCUACAUUUUAUUCAAGGAUUGCAGACAAGCAAUGGCAUAUAUUUUCGAUAAGCAACAAAGCUUUUACUCGCAUCCAUCGGCUAAUCUAACCUUAUUAUUCAAGCUAGACCAGUUUGUUUUUAAUUUUGACAAACUUGGCUUAGAAAUAGCGUCGAUUGCAUUGCCUGCAGCACUGGCUUUGACAGCCGAUCCAAUUGCUUCUCUAGUUGACACAGCAUUCAUUGGUCAAAUAGGUCCAGUGGAGCUUGCUGCUGUAGGAGUUUCUAUCGCUUUGUUCAAUCAAGCAUCAAGAAUUGCAAUAUUCCCUCUUGUUAGUGUCACAACCUCUUUUGUUGCUGAAGAAGAUGCUAUUGGAACAGCAAGUCCCGAGGAAAACCAGAAUGAUUACCUGGAAACAGGUCCAUCAAUCAAUGGUGAAACUAGACAGUUGAUCCCAGAAAGGGGUACUGAUCAGAAUGCAUACAAACCAGUUGGUGCAAGCUUUGAAAUAGUUACAACCAAUCAUCAAAAGAGGUACAUCCCGUCAGCGUCAUCAGCAAUGGUUAUUGGCAGCAUCCUUGGCCUCAUCCAAGCCAUAUUCCUCAUAUCAGCCGCAAAACCUCUAUUGAACUUUAUGGGGGAUUCCCCUAUGCUAAAACCUGCACAGCAGUACUUGAUCCUGAGGUCGUUUGGUGCUCCUGCAGUUCUUCUUUCACUGGCUAUGCAAGGGGUCUUCCGUGGGUUCAAGGAUACAAAACUCCUUUAUAUGCAACCGGGACCGACACCCAUGGCGGCAUUUCAGGUCUGCUUGCAGGUUUGGUUGGCAACUUCCCUUCUAGCUGAUGGACUGGCUGUUGCUGGACAGGCAAUACUUGCUAGUGCAUUUGCAAAAAAAGACUACGACAAGGCAUCAUCCACAGCGUCACGAGUGUUACAGUUGGGAUUGGUUUUGGGGUUGAUGCUUGCAGUCAUACUUGGAGUAGGGUUGCAGUAUGGGGCAAGGCUAUUUACAAAAGAUGUCGAUGUCCUACAUCUUAUCAGCAUAGGCAUUCCGUUUGUUGCAGCUACUCAACCCAUCAAUGCCUUGGCAUUUGUUUUUGAUGGUGUCAACUUUGGAGCAUCUGAUUUUGCAUAUUCAACUUUGGUCAGUUCUGAUUCCCCUAUGCUAAAACGCACUGCAGUACUUGAUGCUGAGGAUUCCCCUAUGCAGCUAUGCUAA